GAUCCCGGGCAGAAUGGAGGAAUACACAGAGGCCAGUGCCGCGCCGGGGCUGGGGGAGCAGAGCGUCUUGAUUGACAACCCUGCUGACAUCCUGGUCAUUGCUGCUUAUUUCCUGCUGGUCAUUGGUGUUGGUUUAUGGUCCAUGUGCAGAACCAACAGAGGCACCGUGGGCGGCUACUUCCUGGCAGGAAGAAGCAUGGUGUGGUGGCCGGUUGGGGCCUCUCUCUUUGCCAGCAACAUCGGCAGCGGCCACUUUGUGGGCCUGGCAGGCACUGGAGCUGCAAGCGGCUUGGCCGUGGCUGGAUUUGAGUGGAAUGCGCUGUUCGUGGUGCUGCUGCUCGGCUGGCUCUUCGCACCGGUGUACCUGACCGCGGGCGUCAUCACGAUGCCCCAGUACCUGCGCAAGCGCUUCGGCGGCCACCGCAUCCGCCUCUACCUGUCUGUACUCUCGCUUUUUCUGUACAUCUUCACCAAGAUUUCGGUCGACAUGUUCUCUGGGGCGGUGUUCAUUCAGCAAGCUCUGGGCUGGAACAUCUAUGCCUCUGUCAUCGCACUGCUAGCCAUCACCAUGGUCUACACUGUGACAGGAGGCUUGGCGGCGCUGAUGUACACGGACACCGUGCAGACCUUCGUCAUUCUCGGGGGAGCCUUCAUCCUCAUGGGCUACGCCUUCCACGCGGUGGGCGGGUAUUCGGGACUUUUCGACAAAUACUUGGGGGCAGUGACGUCGCUGACUGUGUCUGAGGAUCCGGCCGUCGGCAACAUCUCCAGCGCCUGCUAUCGACCCCGACCCGACUCCUACCAUCUGCUCCGGGACCCAGUGACGGGGGACCUGCCGUGGCCCGCGCUGCUCGUGGGGCUCACCAUCGUCUCGGGCUGGUACUGGUGCAGCGACCAGGUCAUAGUGCAGCGUUGCCUGGCAGGAAAGAACCUGACCCACAUCAAGGCGGGCUGCAUCCUGUGCGGCUACUUGAAGCUGAUGCCCAUGUUCCUCAUGGUCAUGCCGGGCAUGAUCAGCCGCGUUCUGUACCCGGAUGAGGUGGCCUGUGUGGUGCCCGAGGUGUGUAGGCGCGUGUGUGGGACCGAGGUGGGCUGCUCAAACAUCGCCUACCCGCGGCUGGUCGUGAAGCUCAUGCCCAAUGGUCUGCGCGGACUCAUGCUGGCGGUCAUGCUGGCCGCACUCAUGUCCUCGCUGGCGUCCAUCUUUAACAGCAGCAGCACGCUUUUCACCAUGGACAUCUACACGCGCCUGCGGCCCCGCGCGGGCGACCGGGAGCUGCUGCUAGUCGGACGGCUUUGGGUGGUGUUCAUCGUGGCCGUGUCGGUGGCCUGGCUCCCGGUGGUGCAGGCGGCGCAGGGCGGGCAGCUCUUUGACUAUAUCCAGGCCGUCUCCAGCUACCUGGCGCCGCCGGUGUCCGCCGUCUUCGUGCUAGCGCUGUUCGUGCCUCGCGUCAACGAGAAGGGCGCCUUCUGGGGCCUGAUUGGGGGCCUGCUGAUGGGUCUGGCCCGCCUCAUUCCCGAGUUCUCCUUUGGCUCGGGCAGCUGUGUGCGGCCCUCAUCCUGCCCGGCCCUCCUCUGCGGCGUGCACUACCUCUACUUUGCCAUAGUGCUCUUCGUCUGCUCUGGCCUCCUCAUCCUCCUCAUCUCACUGUGCACGGAGCCCAUCCCCCGCAAGCAUCUCCACCGCCUGGUUUUCAGUCUCCGGCACAGCAAGGAGGAGCGGGAGGACCUGGAUGCUGAUGAGCUGAGCAGUCCAACCUCAGUCCCGGUACAGAAUGGGCGCCCGGAGCAAGCAGUGGAGAUCGAGGAGCCCCAGCCCCCUACACCAGGCCUGUUGCGCCAGUGCCUGCUCUGGUUCUGUGGAAUGAGCAAGGGUGGGGCAGGCAGCCCCCCACCCCCUACCCAGGAGGAGGUGGCUGAUGCAACCCGGCAGCUGGAGGACAUCAGGGAAGACCCAAGCUGGGCCCGUGUGGUCAACCUCAACGCCUUGCUUAUGAUGGCUGUGGCCACGUUCCUCUGGGGUUUUUACGCUUGAAGCCAACUUCGCUGGACCUCAUGGUCCACAGUCA